AUGAACAAUGAAACCACAACCCUGAUAUCCUUAAAGGAGGCAAUGAAAAGAGUAGACUACAAACUCCAAGUGUUAGAAGCACAGUUUAAAGAACUGGACUUCACCAAGGAUAAUCUGACACAGAAAUUUGAACAUCAUAGCAAGACUUUGGCAAACCAAGCUGCCCAAGAUGAGCUGUGGACAGCAGUUCUGUCAUUCAAGUUCACUCCAAUGGAAUUGAAUAUUUUAUACAGCUACGUCAUUGAAGUACUCAUCCGCUUGCACACUCGUGUGCUUGAGAAGCUGCCAGAUCUGGUGAGAGGUCUUCCCACCUUAGCCUCCAUCCUUAGACGAAAAGUCAAGAACAAGCGCAUCAGAGUUGUGUGGGAGUCUGUCCUGGAGGAGCAUGGGAUGCAAGAAGGAGAUAUCACAGCACUGUGUACCUUCUUUGUAGCACAUGGUAACAAGGCAGAAUACUACAUUGCUAAAGUAAGGCAAAUGUAUGUAAAAGAUGUCAAUUUCAUGAUCACUAAUAUGGUAAAGAACCAGGCUCUGCAGGAUGGCUUGCUAAAGGCUGUUCAGGUCAUUGAGAAGGGAAAAGCAGUGAGGGCCCCUGAAGAGCAAAAGUCAUCCCUAGAAGAGUUGAUACCAUCAGCCAAAAGCUAA